AUGCAGAACACUCGUGAAAAUGUAGCCUGCAUUCAAGACUCUGUUGUGGAUCGUGGUGUUGGUGACGAUGAUACGGAACUGACUCAGAGACUCUAUGUUUCACAUGCAUCCGGCCAAGAUGCUGUAUAUUGUGCCGAAGAAGGUGGAGUAACAGCAAAUCAUUCAGUGGAUUCCGGAACCACUUGGCGAACCCAUCCGAUUGAAUUAUUCCUUCCUCAUUUGAGUGAAAAUGUGGUGGAAAUGAAAAAGCUACCGAAAAAUGUAAAGAUAUUUUACCAGAAGCAAGAUGCUCUGAUUCAGGAAUUGAUCAAACUUAAUACUUUGGAAGCAGACGAUCCAGCAGAGUCCGGAUCCAACGGGAAGGGGGGAACUCCUUCUGUUAGCAAUCGGAAAUUAAACGCCAUAAUACUGCGCUUAGUUCUUCUAGUCAAUUUGUUCCUACUAGUUGGCAAGGCCGUUGCUUCUAUCGUCUCUGGAUCGCUUUCGAUUAUCUCUUCAUUGUUGGACAGUUGUGUUGACAUCGCUUCCGGUGGAAUCAUGUGGUUUACAUCUCGUCAAAUGCGAAAACGUCGACCGUACACAUAUCCACAAGGUGCGCUUCAUUAUAAUGGAUACAAUAAUUUCUAUUAUGUCUUUGCACGCUAA